AACCUGUAACCCCCAAAAAAAUCUUCAUUCUUUGCCCUGAGUGAAUCCAUUAAAUCGCAGAAUCUGUCUUCGAGGAAGGAAAGAGAUACCAAUUGCUGGUUGUUUUUAAGUAAAUACUUAGAUACCUAAGUAACUAAGUACUGGCGCGUUCACUCGUCUCCACCGCCUGCCUCGCGUUCCGCAUCGCGUCCGGCUGUCAGUUGGACUACCUAAACCAGCCAACUGAGCAGCAUAACUCGACUUCUAUAUCGAGCUCCUCCGAGAACAAUCGAUCGCUCCUCUAGAGAGCCCCACGCUACUAUUCGACUCUGAGAUCGCCAUCUUCGAAAGAACAAUCCGUCCCGCAUCGCGGAGCUGUUUUUGCUUUGCUUUCGGGCCUGCGCAGAAAAAGCAUGGCGUCCGCACCGUUUGGAUCGCGCUCCGCCUAUGCUGGUGGGAAGCUGCCCGAUCGAUCAUUAAAUGCGAAUCCGAUUCCUUUUGGAGCAUCUUCGUUCUCGCGUCAUCGCGGUCUGGGAGGAGCUGCGCCGGGAGAGUUUGGUGCAGAUGGCGCAAAGUCGACGCAGCAAGCCCCGGCUCCACCAGCACAUUCGCAGUCGCAAUCGCAAGAUAACAACCCGUUGAAUAGGUUGACGGAGGAGCAGAGGGAAGAGAUCAAUGAAGCUUUCACGCUCUUCGACCUCGACCGCGACCGCCAUCUCGACUACCACGAACUCCGCGUCGCUUUGCGCGCUCUAGGCUUCACCCUACCCAAACAAGAACUCAUCACCCUCCUCACGACCUACGGCGUUCCCCGACCACAAGUCCAACAACAGAACUCUGCUCAAAAUCAAUCACAAUCCGCGUCCUCGAAAUCAGCAGCCCCUCUCACGAACCCCCAACACCCUUCUGCCCUGCUCAUGCCCCUCUCCGCCUUCCAGGUCGUGACGGCACACAAGAUCCUAGAGCGGGAUCCACGCGAGGAGAUCUUGCGGGCCUUCGAACUCUUCGAUGAGGGUGGAAAGGGAUAUAUCGACUUGGAAGAUCUACGACGUGUAGCGCGGGAGUUGGGCGAGACAGGACUCGAAGAGGAGGAACUACGCGCGAUGAUCGAGGAGUUCGACCUGGAGGGCGUCGGCGGUGUCACGAGGGAAGGAUUCGUGAGCAUCUGUUGGCAGUGAAAUAAGUCUGUUUUUUUUCUUCAUCGUUCUCGUUUUCUUUUUUCACACUUUUCUUUAUACGAUGACGGUAUUCCCCCCAAUCUUGGAACUCGAAUCCGAUAACAUCACCGGCUCAAAUCUCAUGUGGAAGAUAAGCGGGGCAAAAACAAACCCAUGAAGCGCAGACUGAACAAUAGCUGUUCAGCCCU